UGUCACGCUGCUUUGGAACUGCCUCAAAGGUUUGCAUGGUUACCGCUUUAAGCUGGUCAGAAGCCUUGCCCUGACCCCAGGCCCAUUGCCGACCGACUGGGGAAGGGACCAGAUAAGUACAAGAGCUCAGCUUCUCCCUCGCUUCUGCUCUCGGACUCUCGGGGAGUCCGGACGUUUGCUGUUGACCAGAUUUCAGCCUGUGUGUAUUGUGCUGAGCCUCUGGAGCUGUCAUUAUACCGGGAGACAAUCGACCCCGAAGAGGAGGAAUUGAACUUCCCGCUGCAGAGACAUGUCCCCCCGUCCCCUCGGACAUCUGAGAGAUUGAAGUGUCUAAGAUUCAACACAUUGUUCCAGUCCAUGAAUAACAGCAAAAGUUUCCAUGGACAGGAAACAUUGCUUACCUGAAACGCCCUGAGUGCAAUUUGAGAUUGUUUUGGUGGCAGGGAGCUGCAGUGUGAAAGAAAUACCAGAAUUGGGGUUGUUUCAACACAAAGGUCUAUUUCAGUUGCUUGAAAUAAUUUGAAGGUUCAACUAUUUUGAUCGAAGAAAUAAUGUCAGCAAGCUUCAAAGGACCAAAACAAAAUAGCCUUUAACCAACGACCGUCUUUAAAGAAUUCUUUUUAAAUUUUCAGAAUUUAAUUUAAAAACAACAUUUUUUUUUGUGACUUCUAUUUCCACUCACUAUGUUUGUCACUAGCCUGCAGUUCCCCAGUACAGUUUGCCCAGGCAACAGUAAUGGAGAGGAGGCAAAUAUAACACGGCAGCCAUCAACCAUUUUUGGACGAUCUAGAACUGAGAAAGCAGUGAGGAGGGCACAGAGGAGAAGCAACAUGUCUGCUGUAGAUGUCAGACGAGAAGAGAUGGCUGAUAAGCUCAAGUAUCCACUUGUCCUUCUGGCUCCUGUUAUCUUGAUUCUUAUGUUACUUUUCAUUCUAUUUGGUAUUUACAUACUGAAGCCAUUUCACAAGGUCUUGAAUUUCACUGGCAGCACCUGCACUGUGCUUGGGACCCAGCAGGUACCUCAGGGCAGUUGUGGCUCUGGACGAGACACAUUUUCUCCUUGUGUUCAGAUCAAGGUCACUUUUCAUCUGUCUGAUGGUUCCAAGAGGCACGCCAUAAUAAUGGAGAAUGAACAAGCUUUGCUAAACUGUCAGCAGUGCUCUUUUACUUUUGGUCGUCAUGGGGUUUUUGCUGAUCGUUUAGUGAACUGUCAAGGCUGGCAUGAAGACUACAAUAGACCUGCUUGUGUAAUGAAAUAUCUUCGUCAUUUUGGGCAGAUUAAUACCACCUUCCCAUGUUUCUACAAUCCAUUCAAGCCUCAUGAAGUGAUCAGGGAAAAGCAGCUGACAUGGGGAAUGGCAGUGAACUCUCUUCUGUGGCCAUUGCUGGGCUUUUUCGGGUAUGGAGCUGCAGGUGCCUUUGUUCUAUUUGACUGCAGGAAACGAAGAAAACUGAACGCGCUCUUGGAGAAUCAGGCUGCUAAAACUGAAAAAGAAAAGGAGCCAAUGAAGAGGCGUAGAAGAGGGAGCAAAAUAGCCUGUCGUCACGGCAACCAUUUUAUCAGCUACCCGACUAUGAUCAGUGGUUCCCUCAGUUGUACUUGUUUGGACCACGUUUUGGAAGACCAUCAAACUACCUCAACACCCAGAGUUGAAGCAUCUUGGAACCAUCCAUCAGCCAUUCUCUGGACAGAACAAGACCUUUUGGAUCUUGAGCACCUGGACUUAGCUGUAGCAGAAUAUACCCAGAGCAGGCCACCAUCUAUCUAUUCCAAUGUUUAUGUAGCACAGGAUGGUGAGGCACUUGCAGAUAGUGAAACAGAAUGGAACACACUUCAUGGAAAUAUGGAUUUUGGAAUAUCAGAACAAGAUAUUGAUUAUUAUUUUGCUAGCAUUUCCAGAAGGCAUAGCUUUCGCCAAAAUAUUCUCCCAUUUCAUCCAUUUAUGGUCGUGAGUGAAACCAGGGUGUAAAUUGGGAUGAAAGUGGCGAUUCAAGUGUUUUGAAUUGUUUUUACCAAUGGGAGGAUACUGUAUGUAAUUAUUAAAUAUACAUCAUUUGCAGCUAGUCGAGAGAUGAUUACUAUUUAGUUCUGUGUUUACACUACACAUCUAUCUUUGUUUUAUACAAAUUAAAUUUGCAAAUUCAAAAGCCGGGAAUUCAAUUCUGAGUUUAUGUAUGGAAUAGUAGUUUUAAGAAUCCUAGAAUCAGAAUGCGAAGGAAAUGUGAUUCUUGUUGCUCUUUUAAAAAUAUAAACAGUUUUUAGCAACAAUAUUAAAAUAAUCGUUUGUUCCAGAUCUCCUUUCUGAUGCUUUGGCGGGACAGCUGAAGCCUCCCAAGAUCAGCCAGAGAUUUCCACUCUGUGUACUAGCUGUUUGUUCAUAGGUCCUCCAGGACCAAUAAACUGCUCUCACCUGUUAUAGGCCAUAUACUUUUCCUAUCUAUUUAUCUAUAAGUUAAAAAUAUGCAAAAAGCUAAUGAAAUUAAUUUUAACCUAGAUUGAGUAGGGCACUGUCUACCAUAGGAAUGGAUUAGAUAUUAUAAUUAGCAGGAUUCCAUUGAGGAAUAGCCCGAGGGGCCUGUUUAAGAGCAAAGCAUUAUAACUUCAUUUCACGAGUAAGACUAUACUUAAACCAGUUUUAUAUAAAACCGUGACCAUCACCACUGAGAAGGACCACCAUCUUCAGUUUCCCCUCUGUCCAUAAGCUAUCCUGAUUUGGAACUAAAUUGCCACUUCUUUCUGUCGCAGUCAAAAUCCUGGGACUCCCUUCCCAAUAACAUUUUACAUGUAUCUACACUUGCAGGACUGUAACCAUUCAAGAAAGCAGCUCUCAGGAGGAACAGGGAUGGGACAAUAAAUACUGGCCUAGCCAAUCACAUCCAUACCCCGCAUACAAAUUAAGAGAAAAUUUGUACCAAUCAAGAUUCUGUUAAUUUAUUCUCCCUCUAUCUGCAAACUUAAAAUGGAUGUCAAGUUUUCAUCCAGCAUUUAUAUGCUCGAUGAAUGGGGUGUGAUUUAUGCAUCUAUUUAUGAAAGGAGUGUGAUUUAUGCAUAUAUUUGUUAUUUUUUUUAGGUGUUUGGAUUUUAAGGUAGUGUCAUCUGAGUAGUGGUCUAUUUGUCUGAAGGAAUUUCAUGCAUAACUAAAGCAGUCGUUUUUGAACCAUGGUUUUGAACUAGUGUGUAAAAGAGAGCUGACUGAAGGCCUUGUGACAAGUUAAUGAAAUUUUAUUAUAUUGUGGAGUUUUAGAACAGGAGUGAGAAGACAUUGAAAUACAUUAGCUCAUUUUGGGUUUAGAAUAAUAAAGGAUUGAUAUUUUAGCUUAGAAAGUGUUUUAUUUGGUUGAGAAAAACCUGAAUGGAGUCAGAUACAAGGAUAGUUUCUCCCAGAAAACAAGGUACUUCAGACCAGUUAAGGAGAUAAGUUACUUCAGUGUAAGGAUUAUAGUUUGCAAAAACAUUCAGACCAUGUGUGUUUGGUUAGUAGUCUGCAUUGUUUAUUCAAGAUUUGGACGUGCUGGUGUUAGACUGGGGUGGACAAAAUUAAAAAUCACACAACACCAGGCUAUGGUCCAACAGGUUUAUUUGGAGACACUAAUGUUCGAGGUACUGCUCCUUCAUCAGGUGGUUGUGAAGCAGGACCAUAACACACAGAAUUUAUAGCAAAAGAUUACAGUGUCAUGCAGCUGAAAUGAUAAACCUAGGUAGGUUGAAAUGAUGAAGGGGAGCUGUGCUUCGAAAGCUAUGCCUCCAAAUAAACCUGUUGGACUACAACCCGGUGUGUGAUUUUUAACUUUGCUUCUUCAAAGCUGUGAAUGUUGAAGAUCUCAGCUGUGUCAGCCGUGGAAAAGGACUCCACUGUCUCUAGGACCAGACCUGAAAAGAAACAGUCAAGCUACAAAUCUGAUAGAAAUAUUUCUCUGCAUUUUGAGUAAAUGUAAAGUGUAAGUAGUGUGAGUAGAUGGAAUUUUGUUUUUCUUGGAGUUUUUCUGGGACUGCAUUAUGUAGGGAGCUUAAUAUGCUUUGUUCUACUUUUAUUUCUUUUGCAUAAUUAAACUAUGUUUUAUUGCUAAAAUCAAAUCUGUAACUUGCCGUGCUUAUGUUUUAAUG